CGUUCGAGACGCACAAACCAACUCCUCUCAAAAACACCUAUUUUAAGUUCAUGUGAAUCUGUCUCUCUCUCUCUCUCUCUCUCUCUCUCUCUCUCCACAGAAACAGCUCCGGACCAGAGAUCUUGAUGCAAUAGGUUGGCUUUUAUCCCCUCGGUGACCUUGCAGACUCAGACUGGGGAUCUCUGUGCCCUUGUGUGCGUCCUCGCAGAAGUCAGGACCUACCAAGGGCCUCGGUCUCGUUUCGCCGCUUGUUUCACUGCCGAGGAGCUUCAUUUUGGGUUGUGAUCUCGCAAGAAUCGUAGUGUCGGCUUGUUUUCUGUUGUAGGGAGUCCAUUUGAGUGCAUUUUCUUUGUGAUUUUGAUCGACAAAGAGGUGCCUUCCUUUGUCGGGUCAAAUGUGGCAGGUGAUGGGAUAGGAGUGUUGGGAAUCGGGAGAAGUUGGUGUUUGCCCUCGUUUUACCGGCUAAUCUGAGCCCUUUUUAAAGUGUAGAUUGCUAAUCUGGCAUAAAGAUGUUUCCUUUACCUAAUUUGUUUUGAUUUCUCUUCUUUCCUAGUUGUGUUUUUUAGUCUUCCGGGGAAAUAUUAUUUGGCUAGUGUGGAGAUUUGGGAGGCUUCCUCUCUUUUAUGCAGCAUGAGGAAUCUCUUCCUCUCGGAUUCCUGCCAAGAGGGACAACUUCAUGCCCUUACUCCCCAGACAUGGCUUCAGGUGGAGAGAGCCAAGCUGUCCAAAUCCUCCUUAUACUCCACAUCUUCCAUUGAGUCUCUUAUCAAGGUUGCGGAGCCACCAAUUCUGGCUCUAUUUAAGCCUGUAGAUUAUGUACAAGUCUUAGCUCAGAUCCAUGAAGAACUCGAAUCGUGCACACCACAAGAAAGGUCGAGCCUGCACUUGCUCCAGUUCCAGGUAUUUCGGGGUCUUGAGGAGGUCAAAUUGCUAGAAAGGAGUCUUCAUUCUGCUUGGCAGAAUGCUACCACGAUUCAUGAAAAGCUCGUAUAUGGGUCAUGGCUAAGGUACAAGAAACAAGGAGAAGAGGUCAUAUCUGACCUCCUUUCUUCCUGCGAGAAGUGCUCACAAGAAUUUGGAUUUGUGGAUGUUGCUUCUCAGAUCCCUGUUAAGACCGUUGAUAUGGUCAGUAAAUGCAGUUAUGAUAUGUCACAAAUUUCUAGUACUGUACAUUUCCGAAUUGGGGAUGAGAUGAUUGCUUGUGAGAGACAAAAGAUAGCGGCUUUGUCUCCUCCAUUUAAUACCAUGCUUAAUGGGUCCUUCACCGAGUCACAUCUGGAAGUCAUUGACUUGUCUGAGAAUGGCAUAUCACCGGUGGGUAUGAGAGCAGUCUCUAAGUUCAGUGGCACAGGGCAAUUAGAUGAUUUAUCUGUUGAAAUUUUGUUGGAGAUAUUGAUAUUCUCAAAUACAUUCUGCUGUGCAAGGCUUAAAGUUGCUUGUGAUAAGAAAUUGGCUUCGUUAGUUUCUUCACACCAAGAUGCUGUAGACCUUAUGGAGUGUGCAGUGGAAGAAAAUACUCCCAUACUUGCUGCUUCGUGCUUGCAAGUGCUAUUGCAUGAACUUCCUCACUGUUUGAAUGAUGAACAAGUUGUUAAAAUCUUCUUGAAUGCCAGCAAGCAACAGCGGACAACCAUGGUCGGUCAUGCUUCAUUUUCAUUAUACUGUUUUCUAAGUGAAGUUGCAAUGAACAUUGAUCCAAGUUCAGAUGUCACAGCAUGUUUCCUCGAGAAGUUGGUGGAGUCCGCAGUGAGUACCAGGCAGAAGCAAGUGGCCUUUCAUCAGCUUGGAUGUGUUAGGCUAUUGAGAAAGGAAUAUAGUGAAGCGGAACAUGAUUUCAAUGCUGCUUUUGCUGCUGGACAUGUCUAUUCUGUUGCUGGAUUGGCCAGAUUGGCUUUUAUUAAAGGGGACCAAAUUUUGUCCUAUGAGAAGCUUACUUCUGUAAUAUCAUCCCAUCAACCACUAGGUUGGAUAUAUCAAGAGAGAUCUUUGUACUCUGAAGGCGAUAGAAAAUGGGAGGACCUUGAUAAGGCAACUGAGUUGGACCCUACUCUUACUUACCCGUACCUGUGUCGGGCAGCAUGUUUGAUGAGAAAACAAGAUGCCCAACUUGCUUUGGCAGAAAUUAACCAUGUCCUAGGAUUCAAGCUGUCUUUAGAAUGUCUUGAACUGCGCUUCUGUUUCUAUCUGGCACUUGAGGAUUAUAAAGCUGCACUUUGUGAUGUUCAAGCAAUUCUUACACUGGCUCCCGAGUAUCGAAUGUUUGAAGGACGAGUAACUGCUUCCCAGUUGUGGACACUAGUUAGAGAGCAUGUGGAGCAAUGGACUCUUGCGGAUUGUUGGUUACAACUUUAUGAUAGGUGGUCAUCAGUGGAUGAUAUAGGCUCCCUCUCAGUAAUUUAUCAGAUGCUGGAGUCUGAUGCUGCAAAAGGAGUGCUGUAUUUCAGGCAAUCAUUGCUUCUUCUCAGAUUGAACUGUCCUGAGGCUGCAAUGCGUAGCCUACAGCUUGCAUGCCAACACGCUGCAACUGAACAUGAACGAUUGGUCUAUGAGGGUUGGAUAUUAUAUGAUACCGGUCACUGUGAGGAAGGACUUCGCAAAGCCGAGGAGUCAAUUUCCAUCCAAAGGUCAUUUGAAGCUUUCUUUCUGAAAGCCUAUGCUUUGGCAGAUUCAAGUCUCGAUCCUUCAUGUUCAGCCACUGUUGUUUCACUUCUUGAAGAUGCACUAAAGUGCCCUUCAGAUAGGCUUCGAAAGGGGCAGCUUUCUGGAGGCCUGUGGAUGAAUCCUGAGCGAACUUCAUCCGGCAUUCAUCUUCUAUGAUGACAUCCAGGACUUCUGCAGAGAUGAUUUAUGUGGGAUAAGAUCACUUUAAAUAUGGGUAAGUGAUUCAAUGAUUUAUAGAGAUGAUUGUGAAUUGGUCAAUGAUGAUGAUGAACCUACUCAUGAUGGUCUAAUGUUGCUAAUAGAGUCAGCAGACACGAAGAUCCCAUCACUGUGAUCCUGAAGAAGAAAGCAUGCAACACUUUAAAUUUAAAGGCCCAAUUAGGCUUAUAUAGAGGCCAAGUUAGUAGCUUAAUCCACCUAUUAUAGGAGGAACUAGGUGCAUUACAGCACCAAUGGCAGUGCCGGGAUUGUUCACGGCUUUUGCAACUGGUCUGCAGACAUACUCUACCACCUGUGAAUUUGUGACAUGACUUGUAGAGAAUGUGCUUAAAUUAGACUGCAAUAUUAUUGAAGUGCGACAGUUUCUGCCAAGUCACUGAUUCUUGCUUUGAAGAAACCACCAACCAGAACUCUGAUUUUGGUUAGUCGAGUGCCACUGCUUAUGCUUAAAUAGUGGACAUGGGCACAAAUAUGAACUUGUAUUUCUCAUGAUCUUGGCUAGGAAAACAAAGAACAUAAGAACAAGAAGCUAUUUAUGUAAACCUGUAAUUCUUUUGCUACACUUCAGUCAGGGAUGCACAUAUUUACAAAAAGCUGGUAAUUUGAUGUAUUCAUCUUUUUUUUUUUAUUGUAGUUCUUUUCAAUAGUAGGGAAAGAUCCACAUAAUUGACUUCAAAUAGUUUGGACAUUACGACUUGUUGCUAUUGUCAUUAAUAAUCUUGUUCUUGUAUCAUGAUUGCAAUCAAGGAUUUUAAUUUUGAAUUAUACUGUCCAAUACAUGUACCGGUCCGCCAGCAGACCGAUACAUGGACUGUUAGCUACCAGGCGGUAUCGUCGAUUAGGGUUGUUUUUGUCCCAUUACCGCCUGAAAUCGGUCGGUAACGGUCGAUUUCGACCAUCGCCACCCGCUACCGGGCGAUAUUAGCUGAGGGAGAAGGAAGAAGAGGGAGAAGAAAAGGGAGAACCUAGAGAUCCGACAUUGCUCUCCCUUGACGAUCGCGAUCCGUCGCCGCCCUCCCUCGCCAGACGCCAUAGAUGAGAUGUCGCCUCCUCGUUUGAGGCGACGAGGCCUCGACGUCGUCGGUGACUUCUCCUCAUCCGUGCGGGGAGAAGACGUAGCCGAGGCUUUGCAGGAAGAAGAAACGAGGCAACGCCACCUCGACGAUGUCGCCCUUUUUUUAUUUUUUUUUAUUGCAUAUAUAUUGACCGGUAUGCCAAAGCAUACCACUCGGUACACUCAUACCAUACUGAGCCGAACUAAGCUCAAACCGUCAGUAUGCUACGAAAUUACGAACCUUGAUUGUAAUUCAUUAAAAAUCCUUAGGUGCUUCUGUGUUACAAGCCAACUGAAUGUAGUGUUUCAAGUUGCAUAGUUUGAGCAGUUAGUGCCAGAACCAGCUCAUAUCCUGCAAAUAAAGUUAUCAAAUCUGAAUUAAUUUUAGAAAAAUUCAAAUGCUUGUUUUGUAUGCAUGAUAUCACUGCACUUAGUUUGGAUUAUUGUUGUUUUGCCCAU